AUGGCUGCGCGGAGCUGGCCGGAUGAGCUGGCCCAGCAGGCCGAGGAGGGCUUCGCCCGGCUGCAGGAAAUGCUCUCAGUUGGCCUAGGCUUUCUGCGCACCGAGCUGGGCCUCGACCUGGGGCUGGAGCCGAAGCGAUACCCGGGCUGGGUGAUCCUGGUGGGCACGGGCGCGCUCGGGCUGCUCCUGCUGGUACUGCUGGGCUACGGUUGGGCCGCGGCUUGUGCCGGCGCCCGCAAGAAACGAAGGAGUCCGCACCGCAAACGGGAGGAGGCGACAGCCGCGCCGGCCGCGACCCCUGGCGACCUGGCCUUGCUGAAGAACCUCAGAAGCGAGGAGCAGAAGAAGAAGAACCGGAAGAAACUGCCUGAGAAACCCAAAAUCGAAAGUCACGACAACUGUGCUUAUGACUACCUAGAAGUUCGAGAUGGAACCAGUGAGAACAGCCCUUUGAUAGGGCGUUUCUGUGGCUACGAUAAACCUGAAGACGUAAGGUCGACCUCCAACAUCUUGUGGAUGAAGUUUGUUUCUGACGGGACCAUGAACAAGGCGGGGUUUGCUGCUAACUUUUUUGAAGAGGAGGACAAGUGUGCCCGGCCUGACCACGGCGGCUGCGUGCAGCGGUGCCUGAACACCCUGGGCAGCUUCCAGUGUGCCUGCGAGCCGGGCUACGAGGUGGGCCCCGACCGCAGGGCCUGUGAAGCUGCGUGUGGUGGACUUCUUACCAAGCUCAAUGGCACCAUCACUACCCCCGGCUGGCCCAAGGAGUACCCGCCAAAUCAAAACUGUGUGUGGCAAGUGGUCGCUCCAACCCAGUAUAGAAUUUCUGUGAAAUUUGAGUUUUUUGAAUUGGAAGGAAAUGAGGUGUGCAAGUAUGAUUACGUGGAGAUCUGGAGUGGUCUUUCCUCCGAGUCCAAACUACACGGCAAGUUCUGUGGCACCAAAGUGCCAGAAGUGAUCACAUCGCAGUUCAACAACAUGAGAAUUGAGUUCAAAUCCGACAAUACUGUGUCCAAGAAGGGCUUCAAAGCACAUUUUUUCUCAGACAAAGAUGAAUGUUCUAAAGACAACGGCAGGUGUCAGCCCGAAUGCCUUAACACGAUGGGAAGCUACACGUGUCAGUGUCAGUGUCGUAACGGCUUCGUACUACAUGAAAAUAAUCACGAUUGCAAGGAAGCUGAGUGUGAGCAGAAGAUCCACAGUCCCAGUGGCCUCGUCACCAGCCCUAACUGGCCCAACAAGUACCCCAGCAGGAAGCAGUGCACGUGGGGAAUCAGCACCGCCCCUGGCCACCGCGUCAAAUUAGCCUUUGCUGCAGGGUGGAGGCUGGAUCAGAGGUGUCUGCUCAGCCUUCCGCACUCAGUUUCUCUGUUCGUGUCCUCCACACAUGGUGUCUCCGUGCUCUCUUCUUUUCCUCUGUGGUGGAUGGCAGCUGCUUGUCUCCUGGGGUGUCUGGUGGAGAAGGUGAGGAACUCUCGGCUGUUCCAGGCAGCCCUGGCCCCAGCCCUGAACGGCUGGGUCUCAGGCUGGGCCUCCUCUCUGUGA